ACAUCAAGAAAUACAAAUUUCGAUAAGGAACAUUUGAAAAAAAUGUACCAAUUUUUAAACAAACUAAAACGAUAAUAUAAAAUAUAUGAAACAAAUUUAUAAAUGAAAAGUUCUUUUCCAACAUAAUCUUUAGGUCAAAUCUUCACUUAAAAGGUGCAUUUUAACUACCACCAUCUGUGGAAAUAAAAACAUUCCCUGAAAAUGUUCCCCAUAUCAAUAAAAAUAACAACUACACCAUUCAAAACAAUAAUUCGCACAUACAAAACAAACAAUGUUCGUGUUCGAUUUGCUCCGAGUCCCACAGGGUAUUUGCAUUUGGGGGGCCUACGCACAGCUCUUUACAAUUAUCUGUUCGCGAAGGGCAGAAACGGCAAAUUUAUAUUGCGCAUCGAAGACACGGAUCAAAGCAGGUUGGUGUAUGGGGCCACACAACAGUUGCAGAGCGAUUUAGAGUGGUGCGGUAUUCGAAUUGACGAAGGCCCAAGUAAGGGGGGUAAUUACGGACCUUAUUUACAAUCACAACGUUUACAUUUAUAUAGAGAACAAGUUAACAAAUUAUUAGAAAAAGGGGCAGCAUAUAGGUGUUUCUGUACAGAUAAAAGGUUACAAUUAAUUAGGAAAGAAGCACUGAGAGCUCAGGAAGUACCAAAGUAUGAUAACAAAUGUCGCAGUUUGUCAAAGGAAGAAAUUCAAUUAAAGUUAGACAAUGGCGAACCGCACUGUAUUCGUUUCAAAUUAACUGAUGAUGAAGACACUUUUACUGAUUUGAUUUAUGGCAAAAUAACUUAUAACGUUUUCCUCAAUGAAGGCGACCCGAUAAUUUUAAAAACUGACGGUUUUCCUACAUACCAUUUCGCAAACGUGGUCGAUGAUCAUUUUAUGGAAAUCAGUCACGUUUUGCGAGGUGUUGAAUGGCAAAUUUCCACCAUGAAACACAUUCUGCUUUACAGAGCGUUCGGUUGGAACCCACCUGUUUUCGGUCAUCUUCCACUUUUGAUGAACGCGGAUGGCACGAAGUUAAGCAAAAGACAAGGUGAUAUUAAAAUUAGUUCGUACAGAGAAAAACAUGUAUUCCCACUGGCUUUGCUGAAUUUUAUCGUGCAAUCCGGAGGCGGUUUUGCCAAAGAUUUAGAGAAAAAUGUCAAACCAAAGUGUCAUACUAUUGAAGAGUUAUCGAAACAGUUUGACAUUAGUAAAAUCAAAAACCAUUCAGGCAGAUUAAUGCCAGAGAGGCUGUUGGAAUUCAACAGACUAGAACUGAAGAGAAGAUUAGAAAAUAAGGCAGAAGAAAUUCAAUUGAUAGUUGAAGUACAGCAUUUAUUAAAAAUAACAUAUCCCGAUCGUAUUGUAGAUAACACACUGCAAGACAAAGUGGAUUACAUAAGAACUAUUUUACAUUGGUCUGUAAAUAGAAUAGGAAAAUUAUCGGAUUUAUUCAAUAAAGACUUGGAAUUUAUUUGGAUUGUGCCCAGAAAUUAUGACACAUCAAAAUUAAACCUUACCGCAGUCGAAAAUUUCAAGAACCGAUUACAAGAAUUCGAAAUACUGGAUAAAGACGAAUUGAACGUUUUCCUCAAAGAAUUCAGUACCGAGAAUGGCAUUAAAUACGGGGAAUUUAUGAAAACCUUACGAACCGUUUUAAGUGGACUAAUGGAGGGACCAAGUGUGGCAGAAAUGAUUGAAAUUUUGGGAAAGGAAAACACAAUUUUUAGACUGAAUGAAUGUUUGAAAUUUAAAGAAAAUGUGUAAAUGUAUAUUUGUUAUGUAAUUUUUAUUAUUUUAAAGCAAUUGUUAAAUAAAUUUGAUAUAAGAAAG